AUGGUCAAGAGGCUCGACCUAGUUUCCGAGAAACAUCUGCACCCCUAUAAACUUCAAUGGUUAAACAACAGUGGGGAAAUUAAGGUCACCGAGCGAGUCAAGUUACCAUUUAGUAUCGGACGGUACCAAGACGAGGUCACAUGCGAUGUUGUCCCAAUGCAGGCGGGACACAUGCUACUCGGUAGACCAUGGCAGUUCGAUCGAGAGGUCAGCCAUGAUGGACGAGCGAAUCAGUACUCACACAUGCUACUCGGUAGACCAUGGCAGUUCGACCGAGAGGUCAGCCAUGAUGGGCGAGCGAACCAGUACUCUUUCGUUUAUAACAAGAGGAAGAUUGUACUCGCACCCCAUAGUCCAUCUCAAGUGCAUGAGAUGCAACUAAAGCUAGCUAAGGACACCGAAGCGAGGAAGAAGAACUUCUACCUUAAAGCUAGUCAAGUCGAUCGGGUUGUUCGUCAAGAACAAUCGGUACUUCUCAUGGUUUUUAAGGACGUCAUGAACCUAAGGACGGACUGCCUGCCCAGUCCCCCCGCCAUAAGUCGACUACUUGAACGAUUCCGAGAUGUGUUUCCGGACGAGAUUCCGGCAGGAUUACCACCCAUCCGGGGGAUCAAAAUCGAUUUAGUACCCGGUGCUCCUUUACCUAACCGACCCACUUACCGAAUGAACCCAGAAGAGACCAAAGAACUCGAAAAGCAAGUUCAAGAGCUUAUGAGUAAAGGUUACAUUCGAGAGAGUCUUAGUCCAUGUGCAGUUCCAGGACUAUUAGUACCCAAGAAGGAUGGAACUUGGCGCAUGUGUGUGGAUUGUUGA